CUUUCAGUCACGAUAAGGGAUCAGUACAGCGCACCAGCUUGUGAUCGGAAUCGGUCCAAUCGUUCUUGAAAUGAUCGGUUUCACUCCAUUGCCCUUUUUACUGUUCAUCUCUCUUCUAGCGAUCCCACCUUCUCCAGCCAGCAGCAGCAGCAGAAAUGCGAUCGAAUGCUCCCGUGUGCAGCCCAACUCCACCUGCUUCAUCGAGGGCGUCGCCUUUGAAUCCACCGCCGACGAGUACCUAACCAUCUUCCCCCCGGCAACGCACAUAAUUAUGCAGGCGAGUGAAAUUCUACACUUCGCGCCCCAUCUGUUCGAUGCACUGCCCGGAACGGUCUUCCUAACGCUGAAGGGCAGCAUCAUUCCGGCGCUUACCUUCCGUUCGGACGAGCUGCGCUCCCUUCGCAUCGACGCCACCGAGCUGCGGGAGCUGGCCGUCGCUCCGCUCGUCAAUCGACACCUCAACACGCUCAUCAUCACCGGAAACCCGCUGUCGGUCAUUCCACCCACCGUGCGCUACCUGACCGGGCUGUCCAUGCUCGACCUGUCCAACAAUCGGCUGCAGCACGUGCAGCUCGGCUGGUUCGAACCGAUGGCCGGCCUGCUGGUGCUCGACCUUUCGGGCAAUCGGAUCACACGGCUCGACGUUCACGCGUCCCUGCGGCUGGUGCGGCUGGAAAACUUCUGGACCAACCACAACCAGCUGCGGCGGAUUGAGUUUUUCCCUCGCUUUGCACCGGCCCUGCGCCGGGUACGGCUGGUGGAGAACUAUUGGGCGUGCGAGUGGGUGGCGCAGGUGCGGGAAUUGAUUUGGGCCAACCAAAUCCAAGUGCACGGUGCAGAGCAUGCGUGUCCGGAGGCGCAAGAUGGAGGGCUAUGCUGUUACGAGGGUCAACAGCCGUUUAAUGAGCUAGACAGUGGUUUGGAGCAGGAGGCGAAUGGUGACGAUGAACGAAGACAGUUUGGGAAGACAUACGCACGUGUGGAAGGUUAUCUGCAGCCGCCGGACCAAAACCACCGGGACAGACAGCCGGGCAGAGCGUGCAACGUGCUGGAGCAGAAGUAUCGCACGCUGGUCGAUGAGAAGGAACUGCUGGAAAGGCGUUUCAUCAACACGGUACGGGAGCUCGAGCGGACUGUGAGACGUUUGACGGCCGAGCUGACCGAAGCACAGGACAGGCUGCGCACGCAGCACGUUCGUUUAGCAUGAUUAGGUUAGUGUAUGGUUACCCGUGUUACGAUAAGUCUACAAAAAGUACCAGCCAACACCCCCACUAAAUAAAUGCACCACAACCACAUA